AUGAUAAUAGAAAAGGCUGGAGGUGCUUUGAUCCUAGCAUUAAUCAUUGCUAUGUUUCAAGAAAUGCUUUAUUUAAAGAAGCUUCAUCUUUGUGGUUACUUGUGGGUUUACAAGUUGAAAACUCGACCAUAUGGUUCUAUGGAGAGAUACAAGUUGCGGCUGGUGGCUAGAGAAUUUUCUCAACGAUAUGGACUUGAUUGUAAUGAGACAACCAGUCCUCUUGGAAGUUAUGGCAAAUGGGUGUCAAGAAUGCUUUUUUCCACAGAGUUAGAUUGUAUAAUAUAUAUAGAGCAACCACAAAGUUUUGAGGACACAGUGGCAUCUUCAGAUCCAAGUCUAUUUAUGAAGGAACGUGAAGAUGCAUGCCAAAGAUCUCCUACAAAAGUUUGGAAUGCUUUGAUGCAAACCAAUCUCUACCCCAUGGAACCGAAUGCUAAGCUAUGUUCAUAUGAAGGCAAAGAUUUGGAGGAUGCUAUUAUGUAUCGUCAACUUGUGGGAAGCCUAAAUUACUUGACGUUGAUGUGA